AGGGUGGACCCGAAGAAGAGAAAGUUGAACACUAAACACACUAAUAUGUCCAAAAUAAGCUAUGGAUUUACUUGGGGUACUACUAAGGACAUGCGAUGGGUAGUCUUGGGAUUCGAGACGAGAAUCUUGGGAAAUUCUGGUCGAGAUCUUGGGAUGGAGCAAAAAUGUGGAUGGCAUCACUGUUUGGCCUGCUAAGUAAUGGAUGUGCUGAGGCCUAAUCUGGUAUGGGUGGAUGGCGCCUGCUACAGGGUCUCUCACUCCCAGCAGGCCGCCCAUCAGGAUGAGGACCCUGAGGACUUUAUUCGUGGUGAUGAGGAUACAGAAACAGAAGAGGUGAUGUCCUCUGCUGUAAAAAUUGAGGAGUGGAAGGGCAAGUACAAGGCAGAGCUAGACAUACCCAGCGCCCUGUACGGAUUUCUGAUCGGCCGUAAGGGCAACUCUCUGCGACUGGUGAGAGACAACACCGGCUGCAAGGUGACCGUGCCGAAAGGCGCCGGGCCGCGCUCCAAGCCAGCCACCGUCGAGGUGAUUGGCGAGCAGCGGCGCGCGGUGGUGCGCGCCUGUAACAUGCUGCUCAUGUCGGCCGACCGCGGACGGCAGACGCUGGCACCCUCACACUUCAUCGCCGUCCGGCUGACCACUCAGCACGUCCAGAACAGGAUGGAGACGUUCAAGAAGUCUGCGCUGGAGGUGGCCGCAGAGAGCCGCGGCGUGCGCCCCGAACUAUUCCAGGACGGGCGCCGCCUUCACCUGACCCUGGUCAUGGCCACGCUGCUCAGUGAGUCGGAGAGGACCGCCUUCUGCCGCGCGCUCAACAACCACGCCGACGAGCUGAGGGGUAUGCUGCCGCCGUCCGGACUCUCCCUGCGGGUGCGUCAGCUCGACAUCAUGAACGACGACGAGAGCGAGGCGCGCGUGGUGUUUGCGCGCGUGCACGAGGGUGACGGCAGUGGUGCCAUGCAGCGGCUGGCAGACCGCUGCAUGGAGAUCGCCUACGCAACCGGUCUAUCAAAGAAGGAGUAUGACCACGUCAAGCUGCACUGUACCGUCAUGAACGUGUCAUUCCUGGUGAAAAACAUGGACGAGUCGUCUCCCGAGUAUGCAAAGCUGCGCAAGUCCACCUUUGAUGCCACCGCGAUCAUGAAGGAGCUGAAGGAGUUUGACUUUGGUACGGUGAAGGUGGAGCAGCUGGAGGUGGUUCAGCGACACACACCGGCAGAGGACGGCUUCUACCUGCCCAUCGGAGCCGUCAGUCUCGGCCCGGCGCCGGCCGCUGAGGCCUAGGCGGCCCACAGGGCACAGACUGGUCUCAGAGGUGGGCACAGUGCCGUCAGUCCCGGCCGCUGAGGCCUAGGCGGCCCACACACACUCGUCUCAGAGGUGGGCACAGCGCCCUCAGGUUCCGACGGCGGCCUCAGGAUGUGGAGCCGAUCCGAUAUGAGCCAGGUUCACUGGGAGGUGAGCUGCCGUGGAAUCAUUUGACGCGGUCAGUUUAGAGUUGGCGCAUUGGCGGUUGUUCAUAGCUCAGACUGGCGUUUUUAAUGUGUACUACGGCGAUGUGCCGGGAAAUUCGUUACGAUUGUUGUGAGUACUGAUUAAUGGUGCAUGUCGUGAACAUUGGGCAGGGGUAUAGACUUGCUUUCCCGCCUAUGUAUUGUGAUACACGUGUUGAUCGUUAUUGAUGCUGACUACAGCGGCUUUGAUAUUU